GGAUUGCUCAGGUGAGCCCUCAGAAUCUUUUCCAGCUGCCAUCAGCGGUAGACUUGAGGAUGGAGGGGUCGGAGAUGGCACAUCACUGGCUUUGAAGAUGCAGGAAGGGGCCAAAGGCAACGAAUGUUGACAGAAGCUGGCGAAGGCAAGCUAAGGACGGUCCUGUGGAGUCUCCAGAAAGGAGUGCAGCUAGGGUGAUACCCAGGUAGUACUUCUGACCUACAGAACCGCGAGACAAUAAACGCAAGAUGAUACAUUGGUGCUGUUUCAAGCUACAAAGUUUGUGGUCACUGGUUAUUGCGGCAAUAGGGAACGGAUACAGGCCCCGUCAGGUAUUUCACUCAAUCCAUGAAAUACCUUGGCGCACACAAAUGUUAACAAGCGCGGGAGCCACCAAGGAUCCGUCUGUCUGCGCUGCCUGGGAGCGUGAGGCCGUGAACUUCCUGCACCUCGCGGGUGGGCGCGGCCGCCUCGGAUGCUCCGGGCUCAGAGCAGACGGCUGAGUCUCCCGCGUUCAACGACCCGCCAGAAACGUCAGAGGGACGGAGGAAAACUUUACACUUUAACAGUAUUUUUACGUUUAUUCCCAGCAAAUGUUGUUGGCUUUGUAUUUAAAGUAUUUAUGAUUCACUACAAAGUGUAGGAUCCAAGAAAACGCGCUAGUUUCACUUGGCACCUGUGGGUGUCCCGGGAAGUUCUCCAAGGAGGGACUGGCUCCUGGAAGUUCCUGGGGUGCGGCACCACCACGGACGAACCAAGCUCCACCGAGAAGCCAAAAGCCGCAACCGCCGGGACGCCCUCUGCCAGGCCUCCACCGCCUCAGGGGCCCUUCACAGCCACUGCCUUCCCAAGCCCCCCAGUUACAUCCAGCGUCGCUCAGCGCCGGGCCCACAAAGCGACCUCAAACAUCGCGACACUUGCAACUCCCGCGGCGCUUCCUGCUACAGGCCUCCUAGGGGCGAGACGUCGGGAAGAUGGCUCCGCCCACGGAAAGGAAGAUUUCGUUCUCGCGAGAUCCCAGUGACAAUUCGGCAGCCCGUUCUCGCGGGAUUUUCCAAGGCCGGGUUGGAAGUUGCGGGGGUUAGGAGACUGAGGUCAGAGCCUGAGGAGAAGAUUUGGGGGUCGCAAUGCUGGCCUCGUGUUCUCCACCGGCGGCGGCGGAGCCCGAAAGAACUAGGUGAACACCUCACACAGCGUCCCGUGGCUCUGCCGCCGCUCCGGACGUCGCCCUCCCGUUCUCCUCGGGUCCCCUUAGUCGCUGCCUUAGCUGGGAUCCCCCUCCUCCUUCCCGUGGCUUCGGGUUGCCGGAGAGCGAUGCUCGGAGGGCGACCGGAAGUGGCGUUGGCCGCCAUUGGCCCACCGGCCAGCCACCUCGCUGUCCUCCGCCUUCCGGGUGUUACGUGCAGCCGGGCUCGGCCCCUCCCCCUGGCCGGAUGGAUCCCUCGGCGCCGCAGCCCUGCGCGGAAACCGCAGGCAAAGACAUAUGGCAUCCAGGGGAAAGAUGUCUUGCCCCUUCUCCAGAUAGUGGAAAACUUCGUGAAGCAAGCAUAAAAUCUGUCACAGUGGAUGAAAAUGGCAAGUCAUUUGCAGUUGUCUUAUAUUCAGAUUUUCAAGAAAGGAAAAUACCUCUUAAACAGCUUCAAGAAGUAAAAUUUGUUAAAGAUUGCCCUAGGAAUCUUAUAUUUGAUGAUGAAGAUUUGGAAAAACCUUAUUUCCCAAACCGAAAAUUUCCAUCAUCUUCUGUUGCUUUUAAAUUAUCUGACGAUGGAGACUCUAUUCCUUAUACCAUCAAUAGGUAUUUGAGAGACUACCAAAGAGAAGGAGCCCAGUUUCUUUAUGGACACUACAUCCAUGGAAGAGGGUGCAUUCUUGGUGAUGACAUGGGACUUGGAAAAACAGUACAGGUUAUUUCAUUUCUGGCUGCAGUUUUGCAUAAAAAGGGAACUCGUGAGGAUAUUGAAAAUAACAUGCCAGAGUUUUUACUAAGAAGUAUGAAAAAGGAACCCCCUUCUUCUACAGCAAAAAAGAUGUUCUUAAUAGUUGCUCCUCUUUCUGUCCUCUACAACUGGAAGGAUGAAUUGGACACCUGGGGAUAUUUCAGAGUCACUGUUUUACAUGGAAACAGAAAAGAUAAUGAACUAAUUCGUGUAAAGCAGAGGAAAUGUGAAAUUGCUCUAACAACUUAUGAAACACUGCGCUUAUGCCUGGAUGAACUUAACAGUUUGGAAUGGUCAGCUGUCAUUGUGGAUGAAGCUCAUAGAAUCAAGAAUCCAAAAGCUAGAAUAACAGAAGUUAUGAAAGCUUUGAAAUGUAGUGUCCGCAUUGGCCUCACUGGAACCAUUCUCCAGAACAACAUGAAGGAACUGUGGUGUGUUAUGGACUGGGCUGUGCCAGGCCUUUUAGGGACCAGGACCUGCUUCAAGAAGCAGUUUUCUGACCCAGUAGAACAUGGUCAGAGACACACGGCCACAAAGAGAGAACUGGCCACUGGCCGAAAGGCCAUGCAGAGACUUGCCAGAAAGAUGUCCGGCUGGUUUCUCAGGCGCACCAAGGCUCUUAUCAAGGAUCAGUUGCCUAAGAAGGAAGACCGGAUGGUGUAUUGUUCUUUGACAGAUUUCCAGAAAGCUGUCUAUCAAACAGUGUUAGAAACAGAGGAUGUGACUUUGAUACUUCAAUCUUCUGAGCCUUGUACCUGUAGGAGUGGCCGAAAAAGGAGAAAUUGUUGUUAUAAGACCAAUUCUCAUGGUGAAACAGUGAAAACCUUGUAUCUCAGUUACCUUACAGUCCUUCAGAAGGUUGCUAACCAUGUCGCGCUACUGCAAGCUGCUAGUACUUCCAAACAACAGGAAACACUUAUCAAAAGGAUAUGUGAUCAGGUAUUUUCCAGAUUCCCAGAUUUUGUGCAGAAAAGCAAAGAUGCAGCCUUUGAAACACUUUCUGACCCUAAAUACAGUGGAAAAAUGAAGGUCCUUCAGCAGCUUUUAAAUCAUUGCAGGAAAAACAGAGAUAAAGUUCUUCUCUUUUCUUUUUCCACCAAGUUGCUUGAUGUGCUACAGCAGUACUGUAUGGCGUCUGGGCUUGAUUACCGACGACUUGAUGGAAGUACAAAAUCAGAGGAAAGACUCAAGAUUGUAAAAGAGUUCAACAGUUCACAAGAUGUUAACAUUUGCCUUGUCUCUACAAUGGCUGGUGGACUAGGCCUCAAUUUUGUCGGUGCCAAUGUUGUUGUAUUAUUUGAUCCUACUUGGAAUCCAGCCAAUGAUCUUCAAGCCAUUGACAGAGCAUACAGGAUUGGACAGUGUAGAGAUGUCAAAGUGCUUAGGCUGAUAUCCUUGGGAACUGUGGAGGAAAUCAUGUAUUUACGACAGGUAUACAAGCAGCAACUUCACUGUGUGGUGGUUGGAAGUGAAAAUGCCAAACGAUAUUUUGAAGCAGUUCAAGGAUCUAAAGAGCAUCAAGGAGAGCUUUUUGGGAUCCAUAACCUCUUCAAACUGAGGUCCCAAGGGUCUUGUCUUACAAGGGACAUUCUGGAGAGAGAAGGCCAAGUGGAAGCAGGGAUCAUGACAGCCACAACAUGGUUGAAAGAGGGACCUCCAGCACACAAACUGGAAAUGCCUGGAGAGCCUGACUGUCAGGAAUGCAGAGGUCCAGAACAAGCUGCAGAGCCACUGGCAAAGGAAGUGUGUGAUCUCUGCAGCGACUUCAGUGAUGAAGAGCCAGUGGGAGCCGCAGGAGUAAAGACUGCCAAAAACAGAGCACCCGAUUCAAAUAAAGCUUCCAGCUCUCCAGGACAGCUUACCUUACUCCAGUGUGGUUUCUCGAAAUUGUUUGAAACAAAAUGUAAAGCAGUUGAGGACAGUGAUGGAAAUACUGCCUCUGAUGAUGAAAGUUCUGAUGAGCAGCCCACAUGCCUUUCAACAGAAGCCAAAGAUGCUGGUUGUGAGAAAAAUCAGGACUCUCUUUGUACUUCAAAAUAUCAGAAAUUAGAUAACAUCCUAAAUCCAAAAGAAAAGCAUAUUUUUUAUAAAAGUGAGAAGACUUUAGAACAGACUAUUUCUUCUAAGUCUGAUGAGAAAAAAUUUAAAAAUACAGAUAAACAUUGCAUUUUACAGAAUGCCACAGAAUCAGAAGAUAGUGAUGUCAUCUGUCCUACACAGUAUACAACUGAGAGAUUCCCCGACAAUAGUAUAAGGUUUAAGCCACCCUUGGAGGGUUCUGAGGAUUCUGAAACAGAACACUCUGUAAAAACAAGAAAUAAUGAUAAUGGUCGAAAGACUGAUGACAAAAGAAAUGGAAUAAUUUCAGAAAAGUUAAGUCCUGAGAACACAACCCUGAAAUCUAUUGUGAAAAGAAAAGGCACCAGCGAUAUCAGUGAUGAAUCUGAUGACAUUGAAAUUUCUUCCAAGUCAAGAGUAAGGAAGAGUUCAUUGAGGUUUAAGAGAAUAAAGGAAACCAAAAAAGAACUUCACAAUUCUCCCAAAACAGUGAACAAAACAAACCAAGUAUAUGCAACAAAUGAGGAUCAUAACUCUCAGUUUAUUGAUGAUUAUUCAUCCUCAGAUGAGAGUUUAUCCGUCAGCCACUUCAGUUUCUCUAAACAGAGCCAUAGAACAAGAACUGUAAAAGACAGAACCAGUUUUUCUUCAAAAUUGCCUAGCCAUAAUAAGAAAAAUAGCACUUUCAUGCCAAGAAAACCAAUGAAAUGUUCAAAUGAGAAAGCUGUCAAUCAAGAGCAGUCAUAUGAAUCAAUGGAUAAAUUUUUAGAUGGCGUUCAGGAAGUGGCUUAUAUUCACUCAAAUCAGAAUGUGAUUGGAUCGAGCAAAGCUGAAAAUCACAUGAGCCGAUGGGCAGCACAUGAUGUAUUUGAGUUGAAGCAGUUUUCCCAGCUGCCUGCUAACAUAGCUGUUUGCAGUUCUAAGAGCCAUCAGAUCAGCAGCCCCCAGGGAGACGGAGUUCCUGUGUGUCUGUCUGUAGCACAUGGCAUUCGCCUGCUCCCCUCAGUGCCGCCACUUCACAUCAUUUUAGAUAGAUGGGUUUCCUGGACGACAUAUAAAGAAAAGGUGAAUGCAAAUACAUUGCCACACACAAAGAAAGGCCAGCAACCGAGUGAAGGCAGCAUUUCACUUCCUCUUUACAUUUCACACCCUGUGAGCCAAAAGAAGAAAAAAGUCUACCGUACAAACCAGACCACCUUCAUAAUUGGAGAAACACCAAAAGGAAUCCGCAGAAAACAAUUUGAAGAAAUGGCCUCUUAUUUUAACUCGUCUUCUGUAAACGAAUUUGCUGAACAUAUAACCAGUGCCACAUCAGAAGAACGACAGAAAAUGCUAAGAGACUUUUAUGCUUCUCAAUAUCCAGAGGUAAAAGAACUUUUUGUGGAUUCUGCAUCAGAAUUCAACACUUCUUCCUUUGAGAAAGGAGAGUGCACCAGGAAGAAAUCUGAAAAAAGAGACUCUCUUAUAAAAGCAAGGCUGUCAGAUUCUGAAACCUUGUCAUUUAAAGAUCCUACCAACAAAAUUUCUCAAGUUUGCAGCCUAAAAACAUAUAAAAGAAAAUCAAUUAAGUUUCAAAAUCUUAGUUCCUGUAGAGAAGAGGUGUAUUCUAAUGAUGCAGAAACUAAGAAAUCACCUGUUAGUUCUACUCAAAAGAUUGACAGUGGGAAAAAUAGCCAAGCAUCCAAAGAUACUGUGACAUCCCGUUCUCAGAACAGUGAGUCUGAAACACAUGAGAGAAGGUUAGAAAAUACCAUGAAAGAUAAACAGGACCUCACAAGAAUGGGCAUUUCAAGAAAAGAACCCCUUCUGAAACUGGAAAACAAAAAGAUAGAAAAUCCAGUGCUGGAAAAUUCUUCUGUGAUAAGCUUACUUGGUGAUACCUCUAUUCUUGACGACCUUUUUAGAAGUCAUGGGAACAGUCCCACACAACUGCCAAAGCAAGUUCUUUCAGGGCCCGUGGAAAAAGCAAAACAGAGACCAAAAGAUUUCUGGGACAUUUUGAAUGAGCAGAACGAUGAGAGUCUUAACAAACUCACAGACUUGGCAGUAAUAGAGACUCUGUGUGAAAAGGCACCUCUAGCAGCACCCUCCAAAAGGAGAGAAGAGCCAGCAACUCCUCUUUGGAAAUCAAAUGAGAAAUUUUUAUGGAAGAAAUUUAACUCAAGUAGUACAGAUGAAAACACAACCAAUACACAGAGUACUACAUAAGUAUGUAAAUGAAUUACUGCACCAGUGAACUGCUGCCAUUACUGUUUACGGCACUGGAUUCCACACUGAUUCUAUUAUCUUGAACACAGUUGUUGACAUACCUUUUUAUUAAAUUAUUGCUUUAGGAUUUUUUAAAGUCUGAAGUAUUAUCAUGGAUGUGUUUUUCUUGAUAUUUGAUUUGAUCUUUCAAGAAUAUGAUUGUAUUUGUAGUAUAAACCUCUGUUAUGAAUUAGAAAAGAUUCUAGGUUUGUUAGUAGGAGACCUGGGACUUCUUUCUUACUGUAUUACAUAAUGAUGUGACACUGCCCUGGUGAGCAUUGUUUCCCAGUAUGAAAGAUGAAAGGUCUGAACCAAAACAGCGUGAGUGUCCUUCCAGUUUAAAAAAGCUUUGCUUUGCUCUCCUGAUGGCUCAUAGGCUGAAUCAUGUCCGCCCCUCAAAUCAGGUGUACACCAAUGUGUUUCUUUUUUACUAGCACUUGGGAAAGUUAUUAAGUAUUCUCUUUUUCCCUGGGUAUCAUGUUCUAUUAUUAUUUUAGAAAAAAGUCAUAACUAGUACUGAAUAUAUGGUAUAUAUGAUAUUAAAAUGGUAAUUAAAAGGUUAAUGUUACUCACUUCGCUAUGUGAGCUGUGAUUACUACCAUUAGCCACAGACACCAGUGCCUCAACUUUUUAUGUACCUAUUGUGAUUUAAUCAAUGUAAAUAAAGGUUUGUAUAGUAUUUUUGAAGUUAAGUAUGAAGAAAUGAGUCAACUUUUUAUUUUGUUAGAAACGAUUACAUUUUGAGAGUAAUUUAUAUGGUUUACAACAAAAUGAAUGCGCUCGUUGUUGAAUUCAUAUGUAUUUAGAAGCCUUUACUCAGCCCCUGUGUUCUGUGCUAGGGCUUGAGCUGUACAGGUAAGGCAGAGCUACAGGUGAACGAAAGGAAAUCAUGUGGUGAAAAAUCAUGGUGGAAAGCCCCUGGUAUCUCGUGUGCACGCUGUAGGCAGGACCUGAACUGCCUCCACUGCAGGUUCAGAUGCACCGCUGCAGCUGUCCUUCAGUCAGUUCACAGGGCUGCGAGAGGAGGACACAUCCAUCCAGAAAACGACCUGAGCCGGGAACUGGCUGUGCUAGAGAGCACUGCUACUGAGUUGAGAGAGAGGGCUUCCGUGUACCCAGGAUGUGGAGUCAUUGCUCAGAAGUGAACAAAAAAUCAAAAACCAAAGUCUUCUCAAGGGACUGAUCGGCCAAGUGUGCUGUUUAGAGCAAUGUUCCCUUAAAGCCCUGAAAACACCUCUUCAAGGAAAUAAACAACAUCUGCAAAUGGUACAGCUGCCCCUAAGUAUUCAAGGCAAAGAAGCCUAAGUUUGCAGAGAUGAUGAUGAACUUUUCAUUCGUCCACAGAAAAUGAGAACGCCACAGGAAAUACACGGUUAUUUUCUAAUUAAAGUUCAGUGUGUACACUUUUUAAAUUCUGAAGUUAUCCUUCCUUUAUGAUAUCAAAAUAACCCUCUUUUGUGAAAUGAUGGUAGGUCAUAGCUUUCAGUCUUUUUCAUUGUCCCAGCCAAGACUAAAAGUUGGCAGUCAUGUCGGUCCCAGAAGUUUUAUUUGACACUUACUGGUCUAUAAAAUCCAAAGGAAUGGGGAUCACUGCCCACCUUAACGGUUUUUUAUUUUUUGUGUUUUUGGCACGUGGAAGAUUUUUAUGUCACAAAUCCAGCUAACAGUGGGUCUAGGAUCCAGGCCUCACCAAGGAUGUUGCUGAACCUGCCAGCCCCAGUGACAGGCCCGCACCUUCAGAGAGCAAGAGUGCCCAUCACUGGGCUCAGUGCAGACUUGUUUCUGGUUUCACCUCCACCAGAGACUGCAAACCAUCUUCCUUCUGCCCACUGCUUCCGGGAAGCUUUACUGGGAUGGUUCAUAAGCCACCUUGCUGUGGGUGAUGCCCCUGUACACUGUGGCGUGUACGGCUGGCUCCACUUGGUGUGUGUUGCAGGCGGGAAGAACAUCUCGCUUUUGCUUGGCUAAAGGGCCACCCCAGGAGAGCUGUUUUGCGUUGUAGGGUCUUGCAGGGUUUCGCUAGGAAAACGGUGCCUCUGGUAGUUACUCUCUGCCCCUAGGAGGAAAGACAGAUUGGCCCUUCCUUCCCAAGUCCCAGGCUGUGCGGUUCCCAGCCCCAAGGUAGCAAGUCAGCACCUCCGGAGAGGCUUUUAAGCAUGCAGAUGUCCAGGGUCCUCGUCAAGAGACUCUAAAUCAAGGGGUCUAGGGCUCAGCACAGGCACCCUUUUUGUUUUUGCGCUUUCACAGGAAUUCUGAUGUGCCAGUGAUUGUCUGAGGUUUGUCCCUGGGCAGGACUCACCUGCCUGACCUUCUGUCUCCCGGGACGCAGUAUUUCCAGAGAGGUGCUUCAGUUGCCCCACCACGACUUCCAGCGCCCUCCUUGUCCACAUACAGCUGAGCUCAUGAUGGAGCACACCGUGUGCUUCGUGGUGUUACAUUCGUAUCAAAAUGUCCACACACCUGAACAUCUGUGUUCACAGUGGCAUUAUUCACAAUAGCUAAAACGUGAAGAAAGCAUUCCAGUGCCUAUCAAUGAAUAAGCAGAAUGUUAUACACACACGGGAAUAUUAUUCAGCCUUGAAAGGAAAUUCAGACACAUGCUACAACAUAGAUGAAUCUUGAGGAUGGUGUGCAAAGAGAAAUAAACCAGACACAGAAGGACAAAUACGGUAUGAUUCCACUUAGAUGAAGUACCUAGAUUAGUCAGAUUCUUAGAGACAAAGUAGAACGGUGGUUGCCAGACACUGGAGGGAGGGGAGAAGGGAGUUAUUAAUGGGUAUAGAGUUUGUGUUUUACUGGAUGGAAAGUGGCCUGAAGAUGGAUGGUCUUGAUGGUUGCACAGCAAUGUGAAUUUAAUGACACUGAAGUAUACACUUAAAAGUCAUUAAAAUGCUAAAUUUUAUAUGUAUUUUACCACAAUUUUAAAAAUGGAAAAAACGUAUGACCAAAAGCAACACCUCUUCAAAAUGUGUUAUAUGCCAAAUUUUGACAUAUGUGAGAUCGCUGACUAUAUUUUACUUAUAAAUUUGAAAUUAAUAUGGUUUUUACAUUGACACUCCAUAUAAGCCAUUAUUUUGAAAAAACAUUUUCCUUAUUAAAAGAUUGGGAAAAAA